GUGCAGUGCAGCAGCACACGUACGUACAGCGAGAGAGGUGGUAACGGCAAGCAAUGGUGCAAGUACGUCCUGUGUGGACCGUACGCACCAGGCGCAGUCGUACGCCUCUGACAUGUUUUUUUCUGAAUUCACUGUUGAGAAAACAUUAACUCGAAAUAGCGAAAAAAUAUCUAGAUUCGAAAGAUUCUUGCGGUUAUUAUUUUAUUGUAUCUGUAGUUGUUGUCCUGAUGGUUGCUGAUACGAUUUGUCGGUUUCCCUUAUUUUAAAUGUUUUUUAACAAUUAAAUUUUUAUAUUAAUCAAAUGUCUAGACCGCUAGUUUUCUAGAUUAAGUUUCGCGUUUUUCUGGAUAUCCAUUUUUAAGCGUAUUUUUACAUUUCGUAUUUUGCAUGCCCUUCAGGGAAAAAGUGUUAGCCAAGCACAGUAUUCCGCCGCAGACAAUUUUUGGCCCGCUGGUUGCUGCAACGGCGGGAAUCAGGAAAGAGAGCACGGUGUACGCAUUUCCCAGUCCGGAGGAUGGCCAGUUGCGUUUCUUCCAGCUGGACUCGGAGCUCUUCUCCAACUGGAUGCGCUACGUGCGUUUCGCGGAGAAUCCGGCGGAGGAGAAUCUGGCCGUCUAUCUCCGCGGAUCGCAAGUCGUCUUCGUCAGUUUGCGGGCUAUCUUCCCCGGCGAAGAACUGAAAGUCGGCUAUUCUGCUAAAUACGCCAGAACAGUCGGAAGCGGGAAUGCGCAGAUCGACAAACACGAAUUCGAUGAUUUUUGUGUGAGAGGUCUGGAGUCCGUGGAACACAACGAAAACGCUUAUCCUCAAGUAGAAACUUGGUCAUCUGUUAACACUGCUGGCUUGGACUGUGAUUCACUUGUGCCCGGAAAUGAAGAAAAUUUUCUUCCGGAUCCGCCAAUCUCCGCCAGUACACUGCCCGGUAAUCCGUUACCGGACAGCGCUGUUCGCACUAACCUGGAUGAUGCACCAUUAGUGUCACUGUUCGAACUGUCCUGUUCGGAUCAGAUGAAUAAGAAGCACGCUUGCGAGAAAACUGAGCCAACACUCUGUACAGAUGCGCCAGACAAUCUGCCGACUUACCAACAACGGAAAAGAGGCCAACGACGGAAAAUGGACACUGUAAACAAAGAGGAUGGUCAGGAAAAGCUGAAACAGAAACGAAGCCGACCAGGAAAAGAGCAAGUUUUGGAGAGACGUGGUGAUACACCAUCGGCGGCAGAACAUACGGAAGAUUAUACGAAUUCAUCUGUGCAUGCACCUCCUCUGCCAACCAGCCAUAAAGCAAACAAUUUUCGAGUGGACACAAAUGGAAGCGCGGCAAAGAGCAUUGACGUUCAUCCCGUACAAGCGAAGACGGUGCGCGAAAAUUCCCCGGAGAUCGCAUACCAUGCUCCGGUCCGGAAAACGGCAUCUCCUAGCGAAGAACACCACAGUGCGGGCGCGGAAAUUGUCUGCAGAAGAAGCACUCUUCGCUCGGCGAAGAAGGCCGCGGUUCCACCGGUGGAAACGUUGACCGUUCCCGGCCUGGAUAACUGUGAUCCAGGCGACGAGUUGGAGCUGAUGGGAACCGGGAAGGGUUUGGGAAUUGACAGUGAUUCGGAUUGGGCGGGUGAGGACGGUGUAGUGUCGGAUGAGGAUAAUGAUGAACAAGAAUCUGAUGAGGAUAUCUGUGAUAUGGACACCGAUCGAAAAUCUAGGCAGAGUAAUGGCAAAUGUCCAAGAAUAACGAAAAAGGAGCAGUCCUGUAUAAAUAAAGUGCCUAAUUCAAACACAAAUGAUUCAUCGCCAUUGCAGAAAGGUAGACCUCUGAGCCAGAGGAAGCCGGACGAGAAGGAGUGUCCAGUGUGCCACCUUGUGACCAGCAAAUUAAAUCAGCAUUUAAACCGCGAACAUCCAGACAAUGCUGCCCGACUUCUGCAACAUGCAUGCACAACAUGUGGAAUGCGGUAUCAGUCGUUGGAGCGCUUACGGACUCAUAUGACAGUGUCUCAUCCGACACGGGGCGAAAAACCAACGGCGGAAUCGCGCCAAGCAGCGAUGGAGUACAUGCAGAAAACGGGAAGGAUGCCGUAUUUCUGCGUGAAAUGCAGCCGAUACUUCCUCAGCAAACCCGUAUUGGAUAUCCAUGAACGCGGCUGCCACCGCGCGCUGGAGGAUGAUCUUGAGCGAACCGAGCGGAAGUGUCCAGCGUGUGGCUUCACCGGGACCAGUUUCGGCCAACUGGCGCUGCACACGGCGAAUCACGCGAUCAAGGCCAGUGAGCGGAAGCAGUGCCUGCUUUGCGCCGAGCAGAUCUUUGUACUCCAGACGCAUUAUCAAAGGAAUCAUCCAGAGUACCGAGAGAUCGUGCCUAAAGACUGGCAGUUUGAGUGCCAGCAAUGCGGAGAGAAAUUUCUUUCCCAACCAAAUCUGGACACUCAUACGCGGAAACAUGAAAAAUUCCAAUGCAUAUAUUGCGCCGUACAACUAGAGAAUACUGAAGCCUUUACUGAACAUCUCUCCGAGCAUCAGAAAGACGGCUGCUUUCCCUGUCCAGUGUGUCCGCGGAUAUUCCCUCAGUAUGCCGAGUUUCGCGAGCAUUAUCGAUGUGAACACGACGCGAAGAGUGUUCUGGUGUGCGAAGUGUGUCAGGUCGUCUGUCGAGAUAGAGGACGCUUGAAGGAACACGUUCAGACCCAUAACAAGGAUUACCGGUUCCCCUGCAAUCAAUGCAGGCAGCGGUUCCAUACCGAACGCAAUCUUCGCCGCCAUGUCCGAAAGCAGCACGAAGGAAAUCUCUCCAACAAGCCAACAGGAGCAUCGCGGACUCGACGACAGCGGGAGUGUGAGGAAUGUCCGGUGUGUCAUCGUGCAGUGCAAAAAUUAGACGCCCACCUGAACCGCAAGCAUCCCGAGGAUGCUGACAAAUAUCUGCAACAUGCCUGCACGACGUGUGGAAUGCGGUAUCAUUCCGCGCACAGUUUGCAUAUCCAUGUGACAAGGUUUCAUCCGGCACGAGGAGAGGAGCCAACGAUCGAAUCGCGUCAAGUGGCCAUUGAGCUACAUGCAGAAAACAGGAAGGCUAUCGUACUAUUGCCCACGCUGCAGUAAAUGUUUCCCCAGUAAAUCGGUACUGGAUAUUCAUGAGCGCUGCUGCCACUGCGUGGUGGAAGAUCAUCAAACGCGACCAGAGCGGCAAUGUCCAGCGUGUGACUUCACGGGGACGAAUUUCGCCGAAUUGGCGCUGC